GAGCUGACCAUGGCGGCGGUGGGAUGCUUCUUGUUUGCGGCUCGGCGAGGCUGCUGUUGCUGCCGCGGUGUUCGUGUCUGUCAUCCCCGUGGAGGGGACACGGUGUUUGGCAGGUCUUCUGGCUUACUUUCAGUCCAUGGUAUGCAAAACAUUCAGCGACAGCAGAGAAACCUUUCCUUGCAUGAGUACAUAAGUAUUGGAUUGCUAAAGGAUGCUGGCAUCUCUGUACCCAGUGGGAAAGCUGUUUCUACACCAGAUGAAGCAUAUUCUGCUGCCAAAGCAAUUGGUUCAAAGGAUCUUGUUGUAAAAGCGCAAGUGUUGGCUGGUGGCAGAGGAAAAGGGAUAUUUGAAAAUGGACUGAAAGGAGGAGUCAGAAUUGUUUAUUCUCCAGAGGAAGCCCGGGAUAUUUCUUCAAGAAUGAUUGGAAAGAAAUUAUUUACUAAACAGACAGGUGAGAAAGGAAGAAUAUGCAACCAAGUGUUCAUUUGUGAGCGAAGGUACCCCAGAAGAGAGUAUUACUUUGCAAUAACACUGGAAAGAACAUUUCAGGGGCCAGUAUUAAUAGGCAGUUCAGAAGGCGGAGUUAAUAUUGAGGAUGUAGCAGCUGAAAACCCUGAAGCAAUUGUUAAGGAACCCAUUGAUAUAAUGGAAGGCAUCAAAAAAGAGCAAGCUGUCAAGCUUGCACAGAAAAUGGGGUUUCCGAAUAAUGUGAUAGAAGAUGCAGCAGAGAAUAUGAUCAAAUUGUAUGAGCUGUUUAUCAAAUAUGAUGCCAGUAUGCUUGAGAUAAAUCCCAUGGUGGAAGAUGCCUCUGGGAUCGUGUUGUGCAUGGAUGCAAAAAUCAAUUUUGAUUCUAAUGCUGCCUAUCGACAGAAGGAUAUUUUUGCCCAGCAGGACUGGAGUCAAGAGGAUGAACAAGACAAGCAAGCAGCUGAUUUUGAUCUCAAUUAUAUUGGAUUGGAUGGAAACAUUGGUUGUUUGGUUAAUGGUGCAGGGCUAGCUAUGGCUACAAUGGAUAUCAUAAAGCUUCAUGGAGGAAAUCCUGCCAACUUUCUCGAUGUAGGUGGUGGAGCAACAGCUCAGCAAGUAAAUGAAGCCUUUAAACUUAUAACCUCAAACAAAAAUGUACUUGCUGUUCUAGUAAAUAUAUUUGGUGGCAUCAUGCGCUGUGAUGUAAUUGCUAAAGGUAUCAUUCUGGCUGUGGAGAACUUGGAUUUGAAGAUUCCAAUAGUUGUGAGAUUGCAAGGUUCAAAAGUUGAUGAUGCUAAAGCACUGAUUGCUGCCAGUAGUCUCAAGAUCCUGGGUUGUGAUGACUUGGAUGAAGCUGCGAAAAUGGUUGUAAAACUUUCAGAAAUUGUGUCAUUGGCAAAGGAGGCUCAGGUGGAUGUCAAUUUCCAGCUGCCGAUUUAAGACAUGCUUUGAAGAAAUGAUUUUGUUUGAUAUUCACAGUUGUGAUAUACUCCUCUUUAAAAUGGUUUUUUGUCCGUUUUCUUUUUUUUUGAAGAGACACUGUUACUCAUGUUACAAUACUGCACAAAAUGUAAUGUUGACCUGUUAGCAUGGCGUUCACAGAUAUAUUGUUAAAUGUUGCUUCUCCAAAUAUCGAGGAAAAGGCAGGGUUUGGAUGUAAUCCAGCUUUUUUAAAAUUAUUACCUAUCAAUUAUUUAAUGUUUGAAUGUAUGUUGAGUGGCUGUUCAAAUCCUCUUGAGCACUGAUGUGUUCAGUUAAUAGAUCCUGUAGCAGAUUGUAUGACGAGUGAUUAAUUUCAAUUUGUCUGAUGAUUUUUGUAACCUGGCUUUCAACAAAGAACUUCGUACUUUUCAGUUUGUUACACCACUAAGUAUGUCUAUGCUUUCAUUUGAAAAGCACUGGAUGUUUUAUGGGAAUGCAUUUUACAGACCAGUUGCUAACUCAUUAAUUACGUUAUUGGAAUGGUCAAUCCUCUAACCUUUGCACAUUCCUCCACUGUAACACAUGUUUCAAUAGCAAUUCGUAAAAGCAUAACCAAGACCCUCCAUUUCCAUAAAGCAAUUACUGCAAACUUGUGAAAUAAUUAACAAGUUAAUCAUAUUGAUAGAAGGGAUCACAGUCCUUUCUACAACAAAGUUUUUUUGUUCAGAGGUGUUUGCUGCUAUAUUUUAUUUGACACGGUAAACCACAAAUCAAAAAUUUAGCUCAAUUAAAAGAAACACGCACAUUAAA